AUGAACUCCCUUCUGCGCCUCACCCGACCCGCCGCCCGCCGGCCCCAACAACCGCCCCGCCGCACCGGCAGCGUCCGGCACUUCCGGUCCCUGCAGUCCCUCCAGCACGGCGGGCGCGCGCCAAUCCGCCCCGAGGGCCCCCCGGCCGUCAAGCCCGCGCGGACGCGGUUCGCGCCCAGCCCCACGGGCUUCAUGCACCUGGGCAGCCUGCGCACGGCGCUGUACAACUACCUGUGGGCCAAGCACACGCAGGGGCAGUUUAUCCUGCGGAUUGAGGAUACGGACCAGAAAAGGACUGUGGAGGGCGCCGAGGAGAGUAUCAUGGAGACACUGCGAUGGGCCGGUCUGCAGUGGGAUGAAGGCCCCGAAGUCGGCGGAGGCCACGGCCCAUACAAACAGUCCAAACGCACCGCGCUCUACCGCUCCCACGCCGAGCAGCUCCUCCUCGACGGCGCCGCCUACCGCUGCUUCUGCGGGCCCCACCGCCUCGAAGCCCUCGCCGCAACCCGCCAAGCCGCCGGCCUCCCCGUCGAGUACGACCGCCGCUGCCACACCCUCACCUCCUCCGAGUCCGACCGGCGCGCGGCCGCCGGCGAGCCCCACGUCGUGCGCCUCCUCGCCCCCGACACCUGGCCCGCCUUCAACGACGACGUCCACGGCCGCAUCUCGUACGGCGCAAACACGCGCGCCCACGCCGAGGGCUCCUUCGAGGACCCCAUCCUCCUCAAGAGCGACGGGACCCCCACGUACCACCUUGCGAACGUGGUCGACGACCACUUCAUGGAGAUCACGCAUGUCAUCCGCGGCACGGAGUGGAUGCCGAGUACGCCCAAGCACGCGCACCUGUACCGGGCGUUUGGCUGGCAGCCGCCACGGUUCGUGCAUGUGGGCCUGCUGAUGGGCAAGGACAAGCAGAAGCUGUCGAAGCGCAAUGGCAGCGUCAUGGUCAGUGAGUUCCGCGAGCGCGGGUACUCGCCCGAGGCGCUGGUCAACUUUGUGGCGCUGCUGGGGUGGAGCCAUGGCGGUGCGGGGAGGAGCGACGUCAUGACGAUGGAGCAGCUGGUGAGCAGGUUCAGCAUUGAGGGCCUCACGGCGGGGAAUACGAUUGUCAAUUCGGAGAAGCUGCCGUUCUUGCAGAAGGGGCAUCUGAGGAAGCAGUUUGAGGAGAAUAGGGACACCGAGGAGGCGGAGGUCGAGAAGGUCGAGAAGGCGGUCCGCGCUCUCUACGGCGACAAGCUCGAGACCGGCGAACCAAUCACCACCGACUACGUGCGCGCCGUUCUCAAAGCCGACGUCAAGAACUACCUCAACCCCACCGAGUUUGCGCAAAAGUCAAACUACUUCUUCACCCACCCCACCUUCGACAGCAAGGCCUCGCUCAAGGCCAUCGUCAACUUCCGCAAGCUCACGGGCAUGUCCAGUGCCGAGAUCUACUACGGCUUCAUCGAGGCGGUCGAGCGCACGCCCGAGUGGACGCCCGAGGCGCUCAAGGCGCUGCAGCUCUACGCCCACGACCUCGACGAGGAGGCGUGGACAAACCGCAUGCGGCUGCUGCGCAUCGCCGUGUGCGGCGGCCGCAGCGGGCCGUCGAUGGCGGACACGAUGCUGAUCCUGGGGAAGGAGCGCGUGGUGCAGCGGCUGAGGGACACGGAUAGGGCGUUUGAGGAGUUUAAAGGAGCAGCGGCGGCGCGAGCUGCUGGAGAGUCAGGGCGUCAAGCCGACGCCGCGGGCGAGGCUGGGCAGCCGCGAGCAGGCGUUGCUCAGGAAUGUGGUUGGGGGGCGAGGGUCAAGAAGGACUGGGAGAGGGAGUGGCGCGAGGAGCAGUUUAAGAUGUUUCCGGGGGGAGGGAGGGAGAAGAAUUGGGUGAAGCAGGGGGAGGAGGGGGAGAAGGGGAGUGGUGCGCCGGGGGAGGGAAGGGAGGAGCCUGCGGGGGCGAGGAAACCAAGGAAGGAGGUGGAGGGGGUGAAGCUGGUUAGGUUCAAGGGGCUGCAAAAGAAGUCUGGUGGGCACAUUGGGCGAGGCCGUAAGUGA